AUGGAACUGGAACCUUGCAUGAAGAAAGACGAGCUUGUCGCAUCCACGAUACCAAGGUACUUUGCGAGGUGGCUUCAUAUACUCUGCAUUGAUUUGUAAUAUACAGACACAGAGAAGACUAUCAACCACUACCUAUAAUUCCCCCCAAGCAAGACAACAUAAAUAUCAAGAAAUCACCAUUCAUGCCUCCGGAUAAUGACGAAUUCCCACCCCCUCCCGAGGUAAGGUCCAAUCACUGAUCUCAAGAUUAAAAACUGAAUACUUUAUCUGUCGCGCAUAAACAAAUUCAAAUUUGAUACGUUUUUCCAGCGACAAACAAACUUAAAAAGUAUGUUUCACUUUCGGUAAAGUAAUGCAAAAAUGAAGAGAUUUUUGAUGGUAUGUCAAAGAGAAAAUGAUGUCUGAAGUUCAGUCAAGCCGUGCUAAUCUGUAUAUUUCGCCGUUUAAAACGAUCUAAAACUCGAGAGACAACAGAAGAAAUGCGAGAAGCCUUUUUUUUCAAGUUACGUUGAGAUACUUGCUUGAUAAUAUAACUAAUUUAAACAUGUAACCGUUUGACUCGUAAGGAUUGCGACAUAUUUAAAAAAUUUCAAUAGUGGCCAUUUUGAAUUGUUUAAUUUUCCCGGGCGAUGACGACUAAGAGUAGUCAUCGCCCGGGAAAUUCAUUAGUACUUCUAGCUUCUGUUGCGAUUUCUAAUGACCCGUUAAAUAUUCACCUUGUUGUAAUUUGGAUCACCUUUGCUUCUAUUAAACAGCAGUCUUUUCGAAACGAUCCAUCUAAAUUGGUGGGCGAUUUUUCAACGCUUUCCACUUGUAUGUCGUAUCCUCAUGUCUUAUUUUUAACAGCACGCCCACGACAUGGAAGAAACAAAUCUUCAAAACCUAAUGAAAGAUCUGGAUGCCAUUAUGGCCAAGGAGGAUAGAGUUUAA